UCUUGCCAAGCGUGCACUCUUACGCCAACAUUAAUGACACGCAACUGCAUGUACUUGGCGUUCAGUCCAGACGUGCAGGGUGACGACGCUAGUGCGGUAAAGGCUAUAUGUGAUUGCAUCAUGGAUUUAAGAAAGUGGAUGAUUAGAGAUCGACUUAUGUUACAUGAUGAUAAGACUGAGUUUUUGCUCCUUGGUACCAAGCAAAAGCUAGAUAAGGUUGACAUUAAUCGUAUUACUGUUGGUGAGUCUGUUGUGAACCCAAAGCCGGUUGUCACAAAUUUAGGUUCCUGGUUUGAUUCUCAGCUUAGUAUGUCUACUUAUAUUAGCAAGCUCUGUAACUCAGCUUUUUUUGCAUCUACAUAACAUCAGUCGUAUUCGCAAGUUCCUAAGCCCCUUGGAAACUAAGUCCUUGGUACAUGCAUUCUUUACUUCUCGCGUUGACUACUGCAAUAGCCUUUUGUAUGGUCUACCUGCCUCGCAGCUUAACAAGGUUCAGCGUGUUUUAAACACUGCAGCAAGGCUUGUUUGCUGCGCUCCGCGCUUCAGCCAUAUUACACCACUGAUGUAUGAGCUACAUUGGCUUCCGUUAAAGCAGCGCAUUCAUUUUAAGAUUUUGUUAUUUGCAUUUGAGGCUGUCCAUGGUAUAGCCCCUACAUACAUUCAGAACUUAGUUUCUUUGAAAUCGAAAGGCACAUAUAACCUCAGAUCGUCAAGUGGGUUUUUGCUAGCAUCAUUAACAUUUAGAACUAAGGUCACACAAGGCGAUAGGUCAUUCCAGGUGGCUGCGCCCAAGUUACGGAAUGCUCUUCCGCGUGAGCUUCGCGAUAUUCCAGACUUGCAUACUUUUAAGAGCAAUAUUAAGACGUAUCUUUUUAAGUUUGCUCAUGGUUGA